UUGCAUUAAAAUCAUACUUCAACUCAGGCACGCGUCUCUCUGUCUGUCCUUUUUUAUUAUUAUUGUUAUCAAAAUGGAAACAGAAAGUAUCCCUUUACUUCCUAACAUCAGUGCAAGUUAUGUCCCAAAAGAGCCUGUGUCAUGUAUUCAUGAACAAAAAGACAUUGAAAUGUUUGCUAAAACAAAAGCAUUUGAUCGUAUCAUGACCUUUGUUAUGUUAUUAAACUCGAGUGUGAUGCAGAAAAAGAUAUCUGAUCCUUGUCUUAUUUCACCUCAAACACAACGUAUUCUUGAUUUACUAAACACAUUCGAUGGUUGGAUUGACGAGAUUCCUCUUUUGGAUAACCCACAACGGUUUGGAAAUAAGGCAUUUCGUCAGUUUGUUCAAAGACUGCAUCAAAAUGCAUAUCCAUUACAGCAACAAGUAUUGCCUGAACAUAUGCAUAAAGCCAUCCCUGAAUUAUCAGAAUAUUUAACAAAAGGAUUUGGUAACGAAACGCGUAUUGAUUAUGGCUCGGGACAUGAAUUGAGUUUUGCUGCUUGGCUUGCUGGUAUUGCCAUGUUGGGUGGAUUUGAACCAGACGACUAUCAGGCGAUGGUAUUAAGAAUCUUUGUUAGAUACUUGGAACUAGUACGCCGUAUUCAAACGACAUACACAUUAGAGCCUGCAGGAAGUCAUGGUGUAUGGGGAUUAGAUGACCAUCAAUUUUUGCCUUAUGUAUGGGGAAGUGCACAACUUAUCAACCAUCCUCGUUUACAGCCUAGAUCCAUUCGAAACAAAGAUACAGUAGAGGCAUGUGCAUCUGAAUACAUGUAUUUUAGAUGCAUUCAAUUCAUUUUACAAGUCAAAAGAGGUCCCUUUUUUGAACAUUCACCCAUGUUGAAUGAUAUUUCAUCCGUAUUUAGCUGGUCCAAAGUGAAUUCAGGCAUGUCAAAGAUGUUUGUUGCUGAAGUAUUGAGAAAAGUACCUGUUGUGCAGCAUUUUAGAUUUGGUGGUUUGUUUCCUUUUGAAGAGAAUACUGUCUAAUGGAUGGAAUACUAAUAAUAAAAAGGGAAGAAGGGAGGAUAGAAGCCAUAGUAUUCUUCAAUCUAUAGUGAUAUCCUUUUAUCUAUACUUCAAGUUACUUGCAUUUUUAUAGCUCAUCAUGAUCAAAUACCUCAGUCGACAGAGACUUGGAUUGAUUCGUGCUAAAAGAGUAUGAUGGAAAGUUUUGAAUCACAAAAUAUCAACUAUUAGCUAAGAAUGCCUAUAAAAGAGGAUGAAGCAGUGAAAAUUUGUCCUACUUUUAGACAGCCAAUGUACCCUAUAUACAUGAUUAAACACUGAAAAGACAUGAAAUGUACAAAACUUGCUCGAUUAGUUCCAUUCGACACUGAAAAUAGCACAGUUUGGCUGUGGAAAUAAUUUAUCUGCUCUUAAGCAGUACUUUUGAUUUCAGAUGAAGGCAUAACAGCAC